AUGAGGUCUCAUCCAGGAGCUGCGACGGUGCUGCUGCCCAUCGCCCUCUGCCUCAGCUUGGCUCACGUGUGUUGUGGGGCAGCCAUUCCUGUUGCGUGUGGCUCCAUCUACAAGAGCUUCGCUCAGUGUUUGCUCGCUCUCGGGGACAGUUUGGUGGAAACACAGAAAGACCAGGAMACGCAGGACAUCGAUUCAAUCUGCAGGUCCUGGAACGCGUUUCACGUCUGCGCCAACUCCGCCCUGGCCGGCUGUCCCGGCGAAGCAGCGGCUAUCUGGGAGUCUCUGAGGCAGGAGUCCAGGAAGACACAGUUCUCUGGAAACCUGUACGACAUGUGCGCCAGCCGCACCACCCUCCCCUCCAUCACCUCUCCCGCCCCUCAGAGCUCCCCCUCCUCCGACCAAACCAACCAGGAGACCCUGAAGGGUCAAACGCAGAGGAUCGGUCCAGCCGCCGUCACCCUGCUGUUCCCUGCGCUGCUGGUCCUCCUGAGGAGUUAG